AUGGCGGAGGGGCAAUCCCCGCAGAACUCACCUCCGUCACCUACACCUCCAUCUCCAUCUCCCCCCUCCUCCGACACCACUCAACAACAAUCUCCUCCGCCUCCUGACUCCUCCUCCUCCUCCUCCUCCCCUCCUCCUCCUUCAUCUUCACCACCAGCUACUCCUCCCCCUGAUAAUGCUUCCUCUCCUCCUCCGCCAGAUAACGCCUCCUCUCCUCCACCGCCUUCUUCAGACUCACAAUCUCCACCAUCUCCACCACAAGGCAGCAAUAACAACAACAACAACAAUGGUGGAAACAAUGACAACAACAACAACAAUGGUGGAGGAAGCAACAAUGGGAAUAACAACAAUGGUGGAGGAAGCAACAAUAAUUCGCCUUCGCCUCCUUCUAGAAACUCCGACCGUAACUCUCCUUCACCACCAAGAUCGCUAGCUCCGCCUAGAUCAAGCGGUGGUGGUGGUGGCUCAAAGUCUUCAGGUAAUGAUAACACGGGUGCGAUCAUAGGAAUCGCGGCUGGUGCUGGAUUGUUGCUUCUUGUCAUGAUCUUGUUCUGCGUUUGUUGCUGUCGCAAGAAGAAAAAGAAGCAUCAAAUGCCGUAUUAUGCAAGCAAUGGUUACGCUACAGGCAAAGGUGGGGGUGAUCAAUACCAACAACAGUACAAUAACCAAAGCGGUCAUGUAAUGAACAUGUCUAAUCAAUACUCUGGAUCAAACGGUAAUCACAACUGGAUGAAUUCACCACCUCCACCACCACCUGGAACCUGGCAACAAUCUCAACCACAACCACCAGUCUCAGGCGGUUUAAACAGCAGCGAGAUCUACUCAGGUCCACACGGUCCGCCUCUACCACCACCGCACCCUUCAGUGGCUCUAGGUUUCAACCAGAGCACAUUCACCUACGACGAGCUAGCUGCAGCAACUCAAGGCUUCUCUAAAGAUAGAUUGUUAGGGCAAGGUGGGUUCGGGUAUGUUUUCAAGGGAAUACUUCCUAAUGGGAAAGAGAUCGCUGUGAAGAGUCUUAAAGCAGGAAGUGGACAAGGAGAACGAGAGUUUCAGGCUGAGGUUGAGAUCAUUAGUAGAGUUCACCAUCGGUUUCUUGUGUCUCUUGUUGGGUAUUGUAUUGCAGGAGAACAGAGGAUGUUGGUUUAUGAGUUCUUACCUAAUGACACACUUGAGUUUCAUCUCCAUGGUAAAAGUGGUAACAUGCUUGAUUGGCCUACAAGGCUCAAGAUUGCUUUGGGAUCAGCUAAAGGACUUGCUUACUUGCAUGAAGAUUGUCAUCCAAGAAUCAUUCAUAGGGACAUUAAAGCUUCAAACAUUCUUCUUGAUGAAACAUUUGAAGCCAAGGUUGCAGACUUCGGUUUAGCAAAGCUAUCUCAGGACAACGUCACACAUGUGUCCACUCGUAUCAUGGGAACUUUCGGGUACUUGGCUCCAGAGUAUGCAUCAAGCGGGAAACUAACAGACAGGUCUGAUGUUUUCUCCUUUGGAGUGAUGCUUCUUGAGCUCAUAACCGGACGCCGACCUGUUGAUCUCACUGGUGAAAUGGAAGACAGUUUGGCUGAUUGGGCAAGACCCUUAUGCUUAAACGCCGCUGAAGACGGAGAUUACAGUGAACUAGUUGAUCCACGUCUGGAGAACAAUUACGAGCCUUAUGAGAUGGCAAGAAUGGUGGCUUGCGCUGUUGCAGCCAUCAGACACUCAGCUAGACGCAGGCCUAAGAUGAGCCAAAUUGUUCGUGCUCUGGAGGGAGAUGCAUCGCUAGAUGAUCUGAACGAAGGAACGAAGCCUGGACAGAGCGCACUCUUCGGGAGGGGGUCAAGCUCAGACUAUGACUCGGGAAGUUACAGUGCGGAUAUGAAGAAGUUCAGGAAAGUGGCGUUGGACAGCCAGGAUUAUGGUGCAAGCAGUGAGUAUGGGAACACGAGCGAGUAUGGGCUUCACCCAUCUUCCUCGAGCAGUGAGGAGACUCGUAGAGGAGGAGGAGGAGCUAACAACAACAAAACAACUCCUAGCCGAGAGUUUUGA